AUGGCCCCUUCCAAAGCCGCGGCAAGCAAGAGUGGUGGUGGCAAGAAAGAGAAGGUGUUCCAUCCCCAGUCCCGUAAAGCUGGACAGCUUGUCCGCACCCAGCUGCGCAAGAGUAGGCUCGUCGAGCAAUCCAAGGAACGGAAUAAGAAGCUAGGCUCACAAGCUAGCGUAUACAGCUUCUUCUACCAUGCUCUUCCACCCGAGGGCGAGCUGUCGCUAGAGGAGCUGCACUUCAUCGUCAGGGAAAUCUGGCUCGCGCGUCUUGAUCAGGAGUUAGAGGCGGAGAAAGCGUCGCGAAGGAAGGGUAGACCAAAGAGUGCGAAGGAACAGAAGUUGGAAGACCAGAAGUUGAGGGAGACUGAACUUUACCGAACCGGCAUGGAGGUCGUUGAUCUGACACAUCCCACGAAUGUCGAGCUGUUCCGAAAAUGGGACCAGAAAGAAGCCGCUUACGUUCAACAACUACGCUUCGUUCGCAUAUCAAGUGCGUCCCCGGAGACCGUCGUAGUUUCGCGGCCAGGUCACCACCCGCUGUUGAAGCAGGAGGCAGAGCAAGAAAAGACUAAGGCAGAGGCUCAGAUGGAUACCGACGAGGCACCUUUGUUGCUGGAGCCUCCAUCAAGAUUUGCUUCGACUAUGCAGACAAUGGAUGGUAUGUGA